AUGUUUGGAGAAAUCCCCCAGGAAUUAACCUUGUUUUUGGACAAGUUCUUUCGAGUUCACCGGGCCGCCCGUCAAGCACCUUUGCCCAGCUUCUUUAAUCGACUUCACCUGACCGCCAACUACAUCUCCAAGACAAUCGUCAUGGCCAAUUUCGCGACCCGUUCAUUCUUCAUGUCUAACGAAGGGGCUGUGGAUGGUGUUGUGAUUCAACCUGGCGGCAGCACCAAAGACAUAAAGGAAUCGGAGAAAUUGAAAUUCAGCAAGCCGGGAAAAUAUGUUGUCGAGGUCAACGGUGUCGUUGUGUUCAGUGUCGACUACCACAGUGGCAAGUUGACUGUCAACGAUGGAACAUCGGCUUCGUCCGACGCUGCGUUCAUCGUCUCCGCUAAGAUGUCCUGAGAUCGUGUCCUGAAAUUGUCAGCGAGAUCGGCUAGCACCCUUCCGAUGCGUUUAAGUUCAUCGUUAUUCACUGACAGCAUAUUUAUUCAAAAAUCCCAAAAAAAUCGCCCAUCCUAUUAUCAUUGCCCGUUUUUACCUACUGCUAUCGUUCCUUACUCAUAUUGCCUUCUGUCCAUUCAGUUGCUAUCGUCCCGGUUUUUAUAUUCAUUUACUACCAUGAGUCUUGGACUUUGCUACCUGUAGCUAGGAACAAUUCGUGUCGUAGUCCUUUAGUUUGAUUGAAAUCGUACAUCUUAUCGCUGCUG